GUUACAUCACGCCAUACCAGCAGCAUCCAACUAACGCGGCGCACAAACCCAGCUGGCCAUAUUGUGCACCAGCUCCCCGCAAAUCGGCUGCGUCACACCUAACACACAAACACACACCCACACCGACGUCGGAACAAUAAAGUCACCACAUCAGGAGAAAUACAUCGAUUCAAAACGCGACUCGGCUGAGCUGGUUGGUGUUUUUCCAUACUGGGAAAAUGGUUAAACUGGGGAAUAAUUUCAGUGAGAAAAAUAACGGGAAGCUCGUUUCUGAAGACGGAUUUGACACCAUCCCUCUCAUAACACCGUUAGAUGCCAGUCAGCUGCAGUUUCCUCCACCAGAUAAGGUGGUGGUAAAGACAAAGGCAGACUACGAUGGUGACAGCAAGAAGAGAAAGCUACAAUCUCCUAAAAUUGCAGAGUUCUCAAUAAGCGUCAUUGAAGGUGUAUCUGAGCGACUCAAAGUGACCUUGCUGGUGAUCUGUGCCCUGGCCUUCCUGGUGUGUGUGGUGUUCCUGGUCGUAUAUAAGGUCUACCAAUAUGAACAGGCUUGCCCUGACAGCUUUGUUUACAUGCAAGGUCGCUGCAUGCCGGCUGGGAUGUAUGGCAACUACCCCCCUCAGGGCCCUGGGGGCCGCGGGCGUCUCUUUACCCUCAUCAACCACUACAACAUAGCCAAGCAGACCAUCACCCGGUCAGUAUCACCAUGGAUGACCAUCAUGUCUGAGGAGAAGGUCACCCAGCAGGAGACGGAGACUGCCCAGAAGCUGGCUUAACCAACCUGGGAUCAGGUGGUGGCCUCACCUGCUGCAGAAAAAAUAAAUAAUAUGGUUGUGCCAUUCAAGCAAACCUCAGAGUCCUGUCGCUUUCUGUGGGUGAAAAAAUUAACUUCUCUUGCCUGAGGUGCUAUGCUGCCUUGUUGUAGUUUGGUCUGCUGAUGUGCACUGUAGCAGGAAAUCUGUGGACAUUUUGAAUGUUUUCAGCAAAGCGAGGCUUACAGUCAGGUGAAUUCAUGGUUUGUUUGAAUAGCACACAUUUAUUUACACUUCAAAACAGAGUGGCAAAUGUGUAGAAGCCACAGAAAAACACAGACACACUUACUGUCUCUGUACAUACACAUACGUAACAGAACUUACUUUAGUACUCAGAUUGUGAAAUGACUGUGAAGCAUCUUGUGUCUGCGUAGCUUGUUUUAACGCACAUGUACGCACGACUCUAAUAAUAAUAGUUUGCUUUGAGGCUCUUUCUCUUCAGAUACAUCAAGUACUGAGCGCAUGUCAGAUCUCUUGAGGUCCAGUAAGUGGUAACGUUCUCAUGAGGUGACAAAGUUUGCAGCGUAUUUGCCACUGAGCUCAUCUGUUUCAAAAUGUUUUACUCUCAUGUUGUUAAUAAAUGAGGCUUGACCUGGAGCAAAAUUUUAACACCUGUUUUAAACUCAUCCCAUACUGCUCUCUGCAUACAGUGCUGUAAAUGACUUUUCAGUAUUUAAUGCACCAAGUCUUUUUAACCAGCAUUUAUGAUAGUCUCCAUUCAUUUGAACUCUCUGUGAACACCAUGUGCUUUUCUUUACUGGCUACGCAAGACUUAUUUAAUGGUUACUUUUCAUAGCAUAACUUUUAUGCUACAGUAUUGAAUGUUUUUGCAUUGCUAGUGAAGACACUGUAUUGUGCAAUGCUUCGCACUGAUUAAUGUCACCACAGAUGGCUGUUGGUAGCCAUCAGAUACUAGACUUAGGUUGAUGUAGUGGAACAAUCUGAAAGUAGUUGCUUGUCCUGUUGCUUUUUUCUGUAUUUGUCAUUUAACUUAAACUGUCACAAACCAUGUAUCUUUUUCAAACAAUAUAACGAUUACCAUUGAAAUGCAUUUGCUACAUAAAAAUGUUAAAUGAUAAAAUUGAAAUAAAGUGCCCACAUUUCACA